AUGCAAAACUGUUCUUGUCUUUCCUAUGCUUCGACCAAUGUGGAUGGUACUGGCUGCGAGAUCUGGGAUACUGAUCCUACCAACAAUAGCUCGUCUUCUUAUAGUCCCAGAACCAUGUAUAUUCGUGACAAAGAAUAUGAGCUAGCACAAGAGGAAGAAAAGGCGGCAACUUGGCUAGUUGUUGUGGCAUCACUGCUACUAAUUCUACCUGUGAUUUGGUUCUUCAUCUAUCUUGUUUUGAGGAAAUUUAAAGUAAAAGUAACUGUCAUAUUUCGCGGAGUUUUCUACUUUUUAUGGGGGAAAAUCAUUCCACAAAUUUAUAAAGUGAUUGGUUUCAUACGGAGGAGGCUUCGAGCACUGAGGGACGGUUCAACAAUAGACCGUGAACUGUUGCUGCGUGAAUUGGGAAUUGAUAGGAGAGGCCGGCACAGAAGAAGUGCAAGGAAGAAUAACAAUGAACUUCAGAUUUAUAACUUUGAAAGUGUAGCCUUGGCAACAGAUUACUUCUCUGAUGAGAACAAGCUCGGUCAAGGAGGUUUUGGUCCUGUUUACAAGGGGAUGUUACUGAAUGGGGAAGAAGUGGCUAUCAAGAGACUAUCAAUAGCAUCAGGGCAAGGAUUAGUGGAGUUCAAGAACGAGGCCAUGCUUAUUGCAAAACUUCAACACACAAAUCUUGUGCAGUUGCUAGGAUGCUGCAUUGACAAGGAUGAGAAGAUGUUGAUUUACGAAUACAUGCCUAACAAGAGCCUUGAUUACUUCCUCUUUGGGCUAUUGUACCUUCACAAGUACUCGAGAUUGAAAGUGAUACACAGAGACAUCAAAGCUAGCAACAUUUUGCUGGACGAGGAUAUGAAUCCCAAAAUAGCUGAUUUUGGGAUGGCUCGGAUAUUUGGAGCAGAAGAGUCCAAAGCCAACACCAAAAGAGUUGCUGGCACUUUUGGCUAUAUGUCUCCGGAGUACUUCAGAGAAGGGCUAUUCUCGGCUAAAUCAGAUGUGUUCAGCUUCGGGGUUCUAAUGCUCGAAAUCAUUUGUGGAAGGAAGAACAACAGCUUCCAUCAUGACUCGGAAGGACCUCUCAACCUCAUAGUUCAUGUAAAAGCUAACACUCUUCUUCUUCUUUCAUUUGUUAGCAUCUCGCAUGCUUAUUUGGUCUUUGGAUCAUUGGAAACUCUGUUUUCAGGCGUGGAAUCUUUUCAAAGAGAACCGAAUCCGCGAGAGGAUAGACCAAGUAUGUUAGAUGUUGUGUCUAUGAUAUACGGCGACGGCAAUAAUGCUCUUUCUUUGCCUAAAGAGCCAGCUUUCUAUAAUGGUCCACGGAGAAGCUCGCCGGAGAUGGAGGUUGAGCCAUCGGACUCGGAGCCGGAAUCUGUAUCAGAGAAUAGUGUUACCAUCGCGGUGAUGGACGAGUUAAUAUCGAGCCAAAGUAGGUCUUACGAAUAA